UGUGUGUGUGUGUGUGUGUGUGCGGCAGCGGGGGGUGGUGUGCGGCGCGUGCCAGCACCAGCAGGAGUGCCGGUGCUGCUGCCUGACAGUUGAUAGGCAGCAGGGCAGGGAGCUGCACGCGCGCUAGCUAGUGUCCCGCUAACUCGCCCGUGUGUUGUGAAGUUCUAUUUACCUGGUGGUAGUGACCUCUGGUACCUUCCAGGGCUGUCCCACCUGGUGCUGAGCACAGCAUGCCCCCGCUCUUCUGAGCAUUGUGCCAUCCUGGCCAACCACGGCCUCAGUUUCCAGCCCCUCUGGAAGUGUUGUGUGCGUGUGCGUGUGUACGUGUUGGUGGUACGUGCAGCCGUGUCACCUGUCAUGGUGACCUCUGGGCUGGGCUGACACGCCCUCACCCCUGUCAUGGUGCUCACACUCCUCCCCCAGCUGCUCCUCACACCUCACACCUGUGAGUGCUGACCCACCCUACCCGCUGCUCGCAGCUGCUGCUGUUGUGUGGGCGGCCCGCGGGCGGCGCCACCCAGGUAUGGAUGUGAAACACCACUAGUGGUGGCUUGUGGGAGCGGGCGUGUAUUGGCGGCACUGGAUCCGCCCAUGUCCCUAACAGCCCAGGAGGUGGUGGAGCGUGCGGGCGUGGAGUUGUCGAAGUGUAUCACAGGUCUUGGCCUUCGCUCCCGCAGCAGGGAGAGGGAGGUGCGGGAGAGUCCUGGCGGCAGCGGCGGUGACGCUGGCAGGAUGGGCUCGGUGAGGAGAGGAGGAGUUAUGGAGAAGGUGGCCAACGUACUCUGUGGCAACAGCGUCGCCUCCAGUGGACUGGUUAAUGGUAAGGCCAAGAUGGACAAGCCCAUACCCCCGGAGAAGCCCAGUCGUUUCCUGCUGGGGAAGGUUAGAAACGGCGGGAUGCCCCCGCCAGGGACCCCCUCGGGCCCUUACAACGGUCACCACGGGUCUCCGCGGCCUCUCAGGGCCUCCAGGUCCCCUGCACACCUCCUCAGAGGCCACCGCUUCCUCUCCUGGGACGAACUCAUCCGUGAUGAAACCUUCCUCGCUAGAUUUUUCAUGUACUUUUCCCCAAUCGAAAGGAUUGUGCUGGCGCAGGUGUGCCUGAGGUGGCGCACUGUGCUGUACCAGCCCAGGUUCUGGCACGGCAUCAGACCCGUCCUUAACUGCAGGGAGAUGCGUCACAGUAACGUGGAGCUCACUACAGACAUGCGUCGUCGCUUCUACGUGUCAGUGCAGAAACGCGGCUUCGACUCUCUAGUGCUCAUGUGUGCAAACGACGAGGACUUGAUGGACCUGGUGGCCAAUUACGCUGUGAACCACACCAAAGCCCUGCGCUCCGUGGCCCUGCGCUGCUCUAACAUCUCUGACAAGGGUCUCGAAACUCUCUUAGAUCACCUCAACGGUGUGUAUCAACUGGAACUGCAGGGCUGCAACGACGUGACGGAGGCGGGGCUGUGGGCAUGUCUCAACCCCCGCAUCGUCUCCCUCUCUGUGGCCGACUGCAUCAACGUGGCUGACGAGGCGGUGGGUGCCAUAGCUCAGCUCCUGCCCUCACUCUACGAACUCAACCUGCAGGCCUACCACGUCACGGACGCCGCUCUAGCAUUCUUCAGUCCCCGACAGACCUCGACGCUCUCAAUACUGCGGCUACACUCCUGCUGGGAACUCACCAACCAUGCCGUCAUCAAUAUAGGUGUGUAUAACUCUAGCUCUCUCAUACACUCUGCUUACACGCCGUUUGUGGAAUUAACAUUUUCUUAA